GUUUGUGUACCCCUACUUCCCAAGCAGUGGGCGUGGCGCUUCAAUCCUCUGCUACUAGGAACAAAACAGCUUCCCCUGCACUCCUCUUUCGUAGAUGCGAAAACCAUCUCCCUCUUCAUUCCUUUCCUCCAUGUGGAUGCACGAUUCUUAACGUACACCCUUCCGUCUCCCCAACACCAGAUCCCGGUGUCAUUCCCUUCUUUCCCCAUUGGGUUCAAGAAUCCUUCCACCCCUGGCUCAUGCACCGCCCUCCGCUUCCUUGUGUAGUAAAACCCGCCGCUGCAUUCUCUGCCGCGAUCUCCAGCCGGCGCCACUCCUCAUUCUAAAUCGCAAUGGCAACUUCUUGCCGGAACUUGAUUGCUUCGCUUCCCCUACUUCUCCUAUGCCUCUUCGCAUCUCCGUCUAGCUCGAUUGACGAUUUCCACCAAGCGUUUCCCAUUGUUGAACCUGAUCCAGGACAUACAAAACUUCGUCUUUCACGUGAAGGCUUGGAAGCUAUUAGAAGAAUAAAAAACCCAAUUGCUGCUGUUGCUGUUAUUGGUCCAUAUCGUUCUGGAAAAUCAUUUUUGCUUAAUCAACUCCUUUCCCUUUCUUGUGAUGAAGGAUUUGGUGUCGGACAUAUGCGUGAUACGAAAACAAAAGGAAUUUGGGUAUGGGGAACUCCCGUAGAGUUAGACAUCAACGGAGUAAAAACAUCGGUCUUUUACCUAGAUACUGAAGGGUUUGAAAGUGUUGGCAAGUCCAAUGUCUAUGAUGAUAGGAUAUUUGCUCUUGCAACUGUAUUGAGUUCUGUGCUUAUUUAUAAUCUUCCAGAAACGAUCCGAGAGGCUGAUAUUUCUCGCCUGUCAUUUGCUGUUGAACUUGCUGAAGAAUUCUACGGAAGGUUUGCACUUUUCUACUCACAUGGUGAAUUGAUGGCACUCACUCUCCAUUUUCCUAACAGGGUGAAGAUGUUGCUUUUGAACCUUCAAAACUUCUUUGGCUUAUUCAACGAGAUUUUCUACGUAAAGGGGAAAUCAGUGCAGGAGAUGGUGAAUGAAGCCCUUCAACGUGUGCCCAAUCAAGAUGGAGACAGAAAUAUUGAUCAGGUUAAUCAGAUCCGAGAAUCACUGGCUAUAAUGGGUGAUAACAGCACAGCUUUUAGCUUGCCACAACCUCACCUCCACCGGACAAAGCUUUGUGAAAUGAAAGACGGCGAGCUUGAGCAAUUGUAUGUCUCAAGAAGGGAAAAGUUGAAAGAUCUUGUUUCCAGCAUCAUUCGUCCAAAGAUUGUGCAGGGUAAAUCCAUGAAUGGGGAGGAGUUUGUAGCAUUCCUUGAGCAGAUUCUUGAAGCCUUGAAUAAAGGAGAAAUACCAUCAACUGGAUCUCUUGUGGAGGUUUUCAACAAGGCUAUCCUUGAAAGAUGUUUGAAAAUAUACAGUGAGGGCAUGGCUAAAAUAAAUUUGCCACUGACAGAGGAAGCUGUUCAAGAUGCCCAUGGAAGGUCAAGGGAAAGAUCUAUGAAAGUAUUUGAUGAGCAACAUUUUGGCCGUCAUCAUGCAAAGAGAUCUGUCAUGCAACUGGAUGAAGAAAUUGAUAAGGUUUUCAAGCACAUCAUUAUGGCAAAUGAGUAUCAAUCUGCAAAACUCUGUGAGGCACUAUACUCUAGGUGCGAGGACAAAAUGGACCAGCUUCAAGUUCUAAGACUUCCUUCCAUGGCAAAAUUCAAUGCUGGGUUCUUGCAAUGCAACCGGAGUUUUGAGCAGGAGUGUGUUGGACCUUCAAAAGCAGUAUACGAGAACCGCAUGAUGAAGAUGAUGGGGAAAUCGAAAUCCCAAUUUAUAAAGGAAUACAACCACAGGCUGUUCAACUGGUUGGUGACUUUCUCCCUUGUGAUGGUGGUAGUAGGCCGGUUCAUUAUAAAGUUCAUUUUGAUUGAGAUGAGCGCGUGGAUACUAUUCAUCUUCCUAGAGACAUACACUAGAAUGUUUUGGUCGGCCGAGUCACUAUAUUAUAACCCGGUUUGGCAUUUCAUAGUAGCAACCUGGGAGACUGUCGUUUACAGCCCUGUCCUUGAUUUAGAUAGAUGGGCAAUUCCCGUGGUUUUCAUAGUUGUGAUUCUGGUGCUAUAUUGGCGGUGUUAUGGCCGAAGGAAACACGGUUCAAGAUGGCUGUUGCCGCUUUACAACACCACGAGAAAUGGCUCCAACAGACCAAGAACAGACUAAGGCAAUGGAGACAUGUUGUAGGUAUGUGGCCUGAAAGUCUGAAACAUAUUAGUUUAUACCAUGGCAUGAUGCCUUGCCCUUCUUUUUUGUUGUUUAAUCAAAAAAAUUUGGGUAAUCUCUUGCCGUUGUUGUGGUUCUUUUCUGUAAACAUAUGGAGCUCGCCAUUCUUUUGUUUUUGUGGGGGUGUUCCCGAAUGUUAUAACAAGAUUACAGAGAAAGAGGGAGAGAUAGAGAGGGAGAUAGAGGGAGAAAUGGGCUGCUGGAUUCUUUGCUUUUAGCAGCAAUUGUAUCACUUGCUUGCACCUGUAGAUCAGUUGCGUAAUAUACGAACCGUUAUUUCAUGUACUUUACCUUGUCUUCUUAUUUGUAAGCAAAUCUUAAAGAGUAAGAUACAGUUCCACUAUCAUCCCCUCAAUUGUUUAAAGCCUGAAGCUGUAGUUUCUUUCCUCUUGUGUUUCAUUGGAAUAUGAUGUCAUAAUGUGGAAUCAUGACGAUUUAGGGGCCAAAUCACAGAUAUGCUUCACGGCCUAAGCUGAGGCCAUUCCUGGCUCCAGCUUUGUAAUCUCACUGCCCACUGCCAGUGCCGGCCUCGAAGAGGUAACUUAAUACCAAUAAUGCAAUAACCCAUCUGUUUCUGCACUCUAUCCUCU